AAAACUGGAGUCAAAAUGAAUUCCAAUUUCCCCAAAUAGUGAAAGAAAAAGAGAGAGUAUGGCAACCAAAGAGGACAACAGAGAAAGCCCUAAAACCUCGUCCAAGAUCCCUCUUAAACCUAUACUUCCAAUGUCAGCAUCCUUCUGCAUUUCUGUAGAGAGAGAGAGAGAGAGAGACUGUUUGAUAUGUCCGUUUCAAUCAAGACUGUCAAGGAAUUCAUUGUUAAAGUAAAUUUCAAUGCAAAUGUUCCAAAGUGCAAUCUGCUACCCAGAGAGGGAUCCCAGUGGUACUUGCCCGAUAGGUGGCAUUCUUCUUAGUCAUAAUCCACGAGUGGCAGUGCGAUCGGUUGAUACAUAUGCUGCACAAUGUGAAACAUGCUUAAAAUGGAGGGUGAUUCCAACACAAGAAGAGUAUGAGGAAAUCAGAAGCAAAAUCGCAGAAAAUCCCUUUGUUUGUGACAGGAAACCUGGCGUGUCUUGUGAGGAUCCUGCUGACAUUGAGUACAAUGCAACUCGAACGUGGGUCAUUGACAAGCCUGGCCUCCCAAAGACACCCAAUGGUUUUAAGAGGAGCUUGGUGCUUAGACGAGAUUUCUCCAAAAUGGAUGCAUACUAUAUCACUCCUACAGGAAAGAAACUAAGAACAAGAAAUGAAAUUUCAGCAUUUUUAGAAGCAAAUCCAAAAUACAAAGAUGUAUCUCUUGAGGACUUCAAUUUCACAUCUCCUAAGGUGAUGGAAGACACCAUACCUGAAGAUGCAAAGAAAAUUAAUGCUACUGUUGGUAGUAGUGGUAAGAAAGCUAAGGCAUUGAAGGAUGCAGCUUGAGCCUGGAACUGUUACAUCACUGAGCUGCCCUAAAGCCCAUUGUUAUGCGGUGUUGUGUUUUACGAGAAUGGUCUGAUAAUGGAUUUCUGCUCAUUUUUCACGUCAUUUGAGGAUUUUGUUAGUCCAACGCAUUUUGGAGAUGAUGGUAGAAUUACAGAGCAGUUUUGUAAGAAUAGUAUUCGUUUUAUAAUUGGGUUGUCCUUCGGCAUUGGUCUCAUUGAAAAAUUAUAUAAAAUGUCGGAUUCAAUAUUGGCUCAACUUUCAUGCUUUAACUUUAUUCAUGGCACUCAAUUUUUAUUUU